AUGGAUGACAAGCAUGAAAAUUCGGAAAGAGGAGGUUCUCCUCAAAUUCAUUUACUCUCCCAUCCUCCAUUUCCGAUCCACUGCAAAUCCACUUUCCAAAUUACUGAACCACUAUCUGUCUGCGUCUUCCUUCGCCUCAACAACAACAACGACAACGAUAGCACAUGGAAUCCCGAUUCGUGGAAAAACAAUAUGCAUUUCGAGAGCUUUGAUGAUUCGGCCACCAUGCGGCAGCAGGAAGUAAAGCUGCAUUUCGCAAAACUUGAUGAUUCUCCCAUGUUUCGACAGCAGAUCAUAGGUCUUGAAGAAGGGGCUGAGGCAUUGAGGGAAAGAAGCCUAAAGUUCUGUAAAGCGUGUAGAAAAUACACAGAAGGACUUGGAGAGGGAUAUGAUAAAGACAUUGCAUUUGCAAGUGCCAUGGAAAAUUUUGCUGGUCUCAACGAUCCUGUUUGUGUUUCUUUUGGAGGUCCUGUCAUGACAAAGUUUGCCAUUGCUUUGAGAGAAUUGGCAACAUACAAGGAGGUUCUUCGAUCGAAGGUGGAACAAAUUGUAAAUGAUAGAUUACUACAAUUUAUAAAUGUGGAUCUUCAGGAUAUCAAGGAAGCUCGGAAGCGUUUUGACAAGUCUAAUGCUACAUAUGAUCAGGCACGUGAGAAAUAUCUGUCACUGAGGAAAAGUACAAGAUUAGAUAUAGCUACUGCCAUACAAGAGGAACUUCACAAUGCAAGAUCAAUGUUUGAGCAAACACGUUUUAAUCUGAUUGCCACUCUUGCAAAUACUGAAUACAAAAAAAGGUUCGAGUUUUUGGAUGCUGUUGGUGGGGCUAUGGACGCUCAACUUAAUUACUUCAAACAGGGAUAUGAAUUAUUGCAUCAAAUGGAGCCUUAUAUUAACCAGGUGUUGACUUAUGCACAACAAUCAAAAGAGAGUUCCAACCUAGAGCUGGCAGCUCUUUUUGAGAGAAUGCACGAGUAUAAAAAGCAGGUUGACCGUGAAACUGGCCAGCCUUUGCAAGAAAAUGGAGAUGCAGUACAAUUGUUCCACAACAGAAGUUGUCACAAAGAAAUAGUGGCAGUGAUGCAGUCAACUGUGGAGGGAAAGGUUCAAACCAUCAAACAAGGUUAUCUUUCGAAACGAUCUUCUAACCUGAGAGGCGACUGGAAGAGGAGAUAUUUUGUUCUCGAUAGCCGAGGCAUGCUUUACUAUUAUCGCAAACAGCUGGUGAGCAGGGCAGCUGGAGGUGGGAGUCAAAAUCCUCUUCAUAAGAAUAACUCCAACGAACCAGGUGCUAAUCUGUUGAGUAGGUGGUUGUCUUCUCAUUACCAUGGUGGCGUGCAUGACGAAAAAUCUGUUGCGCGUCACACUGUGAAUCUUAUGACAUCUACAAUAAAAGCUGAUGCAGACCAGUCUGACUUGAGGUUCUGCUUCAGAAUUAUUUCCCCAUUAAAGAACUAUACCUUACAGGCAGAGAAUGCUGUGGAUCAGAUGGAUUGGAUUGAGAAGAUAACAGGAGUAAUUACUUCUUUGUUGACUUCCUUAACUCAUGACAGAGGUCUACCCAUUAGUCCUACAAGCACUGAUGGUUCGAAGCUUUCCAAUGAUAGUGAUUCUUCUGACAGUUUCUCCUUUUCGGAGCAAAAUCAUAAAAAAACUGAUUUACCUUCCAAGAAUCUUAUCCGUGCAUCCAGAAGCUUACAACAGUACCAUUACAACACAAAAAUUGAUAAGCCUGUAGAAUUGCUUAAAAGAGUACCCGGCAACGAUAAAUGUGCUGAUUGUAGUGCAACUGAACCGGACUGGGCUUCGCUAAAUCUAGGUGUUCUUAUCUGUAUUGAAUGUUCAGGUGUUCAUCGUAACCUUGGUGUACAUAUUUCCAAAGUUAGGUCACUUACACUUGAUGUGAAGGUCUGGGAACCUUCUGUCAUCAACUUGUUUCAAGCACUGGGUAACGUCUUUGUGAAUUCAAUAUGGGAGGGGUUGUUACAAGCAAGAAGAACUGUUCAGGCUGAUGAAGUACGUAUGAAGUUCGUUGAAUAUGAUAAGCAAAAACAAUUCUUCAACAAACCUAGGCCUGAUGAUCACAUUUCAGUAAAGGAGAAGUUCAUUCACGCAAAGUAUGCUGAAAAGCGUUUCGUGCACAAAGGGAUAGAACAUCUGCUCUCGAUUGCUCAACAGCUGUGGGAAAGUGUUCGCACAAACGACAAAAAGGCAGUUUACCGCCUUAUUGUUACUUGUGGUGUAGACGUUAAUGAUGUCAAUGGGCAACACACAUCUAGUACUAAUUCAAGUUUUUCAAGUAUAAUGCGACCAAUAUAUCAAUCAAGUCCUGAUCAAUAUUUGGACUGUUCAGGUGAUUCUUUCGAAGCCAGCUCAGUCUCUUCCAGCCCACUUAGGGAAUCAGAAGAUAAUGGUUUUAAUGAAUACCUUGAUGGAUGUUCCAUGCUUCACCUUGCUUGUCAAACUUCGGAUAUUGGCAUGGUAGAGCUACUUUUACAGCAUGGUGCAAAUAUAAACGUUACAGAUUCAAAAGCACAAACGCCUCUACAUCAUAGUAUAACUCGAGGAAGAUUCCUCAUUGCAAAAUUGCUCCUUAGCAGGGGAGCUAAUGCACGAGCUAUUGAUAAAGAUGGUAAAUCAUCUAUCGAUCUUAUAAAUGAAUCGUCUUACGAAGAUGUGGAGGUUCUUGCACUCUUGAAAAACCCGAACAGGUAGCAAGCAAAUUGAUCAGAUGCUUGUUUUUCUCGAUACAUAUAUAUAUAUAUACAUAUGGGUGGUGGUAAUUUUGCCUCAUGCAAAAUUCAAGUGAUUUUUACAUUUUCAUCCUUGUGUAUCAUAUGUAAUUCUUCACUUUAUUUUUAUUUUUACUUUUUUUUACUAUUGAGGAAGCUCCACAAGUAUAAUAUUAUUUUACUAGUCUUGUAUAUUGAAUAAGAAUCAAAUGAAAAAUCUUCUGUAAUGAAGAAAAAGCAAGCUC